AUGGAGAGAAACUUCAGAGACACAACUGACAAGAUAGAGAUUGAAUUGAAAGAGGUGAGAGAAAAACCUAGUAGUUUGACGGCCUCGAUUGAAAAACGCACACAAGGUAUUUUUGAUCCAACUGAGCUUAUCAAUGGAAUUCGGCAGCUAUACAAGACUCGCGAGGGAUGGCUCUCACCACUUCCAUGGUGUGAAGAGUUUCAGCUUUUUCUUGGCAGUAUUUUUACAAGGCUCAAAGUGGUUAGAAGAAAGAAAACGAGAGGGGAAAUGAUUGACGUACUUGUUGACAUGUCGUCCAUACUAGACCCUAUAACUACAUCCAUUGCUGAGGCAAUCAAAGUUAAUCAGAUGCUAACCAAUUUGGGUUUGUCUCGCAAUGCUAUUAGUUUUGCCAGUGCUACAUCUAUUGCUGAGGCAAUCAAAGUCAACAAGACGCUAACCCAUUUGAAUUUGUGGUCCAAUGGUAUUAGUAAUGCCGGUGCUACAUCUAUUGCUGAGGCAAUCAAAGUCAACAAGACGUUAACUGACUUGGAUUUCCAUGGCGAUGGUAUUGGUGAUGCAGGUGCUACAUCUAUUUCUGAAGCAAUCAUAUCAAACUUUGGGUUGGGAUUUUGCUAA